AUGGGCGUGGAACAUGGCUGGGGCCAGGCGCCGCUGCGGAACCUCGGGAACCUAGCGCUCAUGUUUGCGGUGCUCCCGGCGCCCAUCUAUUCGGCCAAGGCGCUGCUGGAGAUGUGCCCGGUCGGCGCCGUGGGUAGCUCGGGGUCGCUGCUCACCGACGCGCUGAACUGGUGCGCGAAGACGACGUGCGAGAGUCCCAUUGUGGCCACGAACCUGUUUUUCCUGGUCUUCGUGUGCUUCGUUUUCUGGGUCAUCGGCCUCGUCCAGGGAUCCAUCUGGCUCAUCGACCCGUACUGGACGUUCAUCCCUCUCCUCGUCCACUACUUCUACGCCGCGCACCCCGGCGCGGCCGCUGCCGACUCCCUGCGGAGCCAGACCUCGCUGGUCAUCCUCUGGGCGUGGGCCUUCCGCCUCACGCACUCCUACUUCCGGCGUGAGGAGUGGGCCGUGGGCGCCCGCGAGGACUUCCGGUACGAGGACAUGCGAAGGGAGCACGGGCGCAGCUGGUGGUGGAAGUCCUUCUUCCUGGGCUUCGUGAGCCAGCAGACCAUGCUCGUGGGCCUCACGCUGCCUAGCUACGCCGUGACCUUCCACACGGGCGCGUGGACCGUCGUCGACACCGUCGCCGCGGCCACCUGCGUGCUCUCGAUUGUCCUGGCCUACGUCGCUGACACCCAGCUGCGGGACUUCUGCGUCGCCAACGAGCGCCUCGCCGCGCAGGGCAAGCAGCCAGUCAAGAUCCUGGAGACGGGGCUGUGGAGGUACUCGCGGCAUCCCAACCACUUUGCCGAGCAGCUGUUCUGGUGGGCGUUCGGCGUGAUGGGCGCGGCGGCGGGCGCGCCCUGGGUGCUCCUCGGCGCCACCUUCAACUCCCUCUGCAUGGUCAAGGUCGCCGACAUGGUGGAGGACCGCAUGCUGUCGCGUCCGAGCCGUUCCGCCGAGUACCGGGCCUACAUGAAGCGGGUGAGCCGCGUCAUUCCGUGGUUCCGCAACGAGGAGAAGACGGUCUAG